AGCAAAAACAUUUUCAAAGUAUUUGCCUGUGUAAAGGCAAUGCCUUAAAAAACGCAGAAUAUUUGUGGAAUUUGAGUAAGAAUGUGCACUUUAGUGUGAAACAAAGAAGCCACAUGUGGUUCUUCGGCGUCAACGACACGCUUUCUCGGUACGUCUUUACGUCACUACGCUGUGAUUGGUCGUACGCUCCGUGACCUGGCAACCAGAGGAGGCUUUACCAAACAGACAGGGGUACCAGUACAGCUACCCGUUAGCGGCUACAGGUUACCAGGGAGGACUCGACACCCCAAGUACCAUCAUGUCUACAAGGACCCUGCCGCUUCUCUUUAUUAAUCUAGGCGGCGAAAUGCUGUACAUCCUGGACCAGCGGCUUCGAGCUCAGAAUAUACCCGCUGACAAGGCUAAGAAAGUUAUGAAUGACAUCAUCACCACCAUGUUCAACAAAAAGUUUCUGGAGGAGCUUUUCAAGCCACAGGAGCUUUACUCCAAAAAGGCCCUGCGGACUGUGUUUGACAGGCUGGCUCACGCUUCCAUAAUGAGACUCAAUCAAGCUAGUAUGGACAAGCUUUAUGACCUGAUGACCAUGGCUUUUAAAUACCAAGUGCUUCUGUGUCCUCGACCAAAGGACAUCCUGCUGGUCUCCUUUAACCACAUGGAUGCAAUCAAAGACUUUGUGAAAGACACAGCCGGCAUUCUCAGCCUGGUUGACGAGACUUACCAACAGCUCAUAGAGAUGUAUACACCUUUGUCUAAUGGUGAGUUCCAACUGAUCAGACAAACACUUCUCAUCUUCUUUCAAGACAUGCAUAUAAGGGUGUCUAUAUUCCUGAAAGAUAAAGUGCAGAACUCAAAUGGCCGGUUUGUGCUCCCCACCAGUGGUCCUGUGCCUCAUGGGACACAGGUUCCUGGCUUAAUAAGGAUUUUUAAUUGUACUGGUGAGGAGCUAACCAGGCUGCAGUUCAGCAAUGGAGGGAACUACACAUCGGCACUUCGAGAAGGAUCUUUUGAGAUUUUCGGAGACAGGGUCACAAAACUGGGCACAAACAUGUACAGUGUAUGCCGCCCUGUUGAAACACACAUGUCUGGCACGUCUAAAACCUCUGCUCAGCACACAAAGGUCAGCGCUGCUCCAAAUCCCUUGGCCAAAGAGGAACUAAACCUGUUGGCCAGGUUAAUGGGAGGCCUAGAAGUUGAGAAAGCAGGAAAUGCAGAAAGUGGCUUUCGAGUAAACCUCUUUGCCACAGAUGAAGAAGAAGAAGAAGCAUUUAUAUCAAGACCGGACGAGCUUUCAUAUGGAGUCAUAAACAUCCAAGCAACAAAGGACCAGCAGACCAACGCAGAGCUGGCCAAGAUCAUGGGGGAAUUCACUGAGGCUGAAGAUCACUCUCCCUGUUCCAGCAGCAAAGGAGAAGAUCUUUUAUCUAUGAUGGACGGUCUGUGACAUGGUCGCUGUAACUACCCCUCUGAGGAUCAGUCUGCAGUCCGUACCUGCAAAUACCCCGCAGCAGGCUCCCACACAGCCAUAAGACUUUAAUCCCAUGGUGGGUUUUUAAGACGAUGAUGACUGAUGGUGAUGUACGGCUGCAUUUUAUAAAAAAAUGUGUUCAGAGCUGAGAUCCAAGCUGUGAUGAGGUGUAAUUUUACGCUAGCUGUUAACUAAAAGUUCAUUGCAGCAAGUCUUAAAGCAGGCAUGUAUGGUUUUAGCAAAAAAAAAUUACACACUUUAAUUUCUGUCAUGUAAUUGUAAAUGUCAGUCACAGUUACAAUUGCAUCACAGCUUUAGUGUAUUUGUAUUUAUUAUUUUUGGAAGGGUAGCCCACAAUKUCAUGGUGGUUUAUGUUUUCUUAUGACAAAUAUAUAUUUACAGUGUGAAGCAAGGGAUUGUCAGCUAUUUCUGUUUUCUGACAAACAAGGGGUUAAACUGUAAGGUGGGUGUGUUGGAGAAAACCCAAGUGCUCUUCUUAUUUUGGUUUGAAUUCCCUCAACUAUUUAAGUAAGAAAUGCUUGCUAUUCACUUGUGUUUUUGAAAAAGAAUACAAGAAUUUUAACCUCGGUUUAAAAAAAUCCCAUUACCCUGUGAUGUAUAAGAUAAGGCUCAGAACUGAGCUACAGCUGUAAAACAAAGCAAGACAAUAUAAGAAAUUGUAAUAUGUAAAUAUUUUUAUUGCAAAUUUUAUUUAUUUAGUGUCACUCUUUGUGCAUAAGGAAACAUUGAUAUUGCUAAUGAUGAAUUAUUGACUGUUUAGUAUUUUCAGUAAAUAAAUGAAAAAUUAAAAACACA